CGCGUGGCCCGCCGCGUCCCGGCUGUGGCGCCGCCUUCUGGCCGGGUGUUCCCCGAGCCCCGCGCGCCCCGGCCCCGGCCCGCCAGCCAUGGGGCUGUUGGAUGCGUCUGGACCAAAGGAUACACAGGCUCUGCUGUCUGGUAUGCUGGAAAUGGAGCUACAGAAGCGGGACUACCAUGUGGAAAGACCCUUGCUGAACCAGGAGCAGCUAGAGUCGCUGGGACACCGGGGCUCAGCACCUAAGACCCGUCAUUGGCGAAGUUGGUUCCAAUGUUCUCGAUCUUGUGUUCAUGCCUUUUUGCUUCAACAUCUUCCCGUCUUAGCCUGGUUACCCCGCUAUCAAGUGCGUGACUGGCUAUUGGGUGAUCUGUUGUCUGGCUUAAGUGUGGCCAUCAUGCAACUCCCACAGGGAUUGGCCUAUGCCCUGCUGGCUGGAUUGCCCCCCGAGUAUGGCCUCUACAGUUCCUUCUACCCCGUCUUUAUCUACUUCAUCUUUGGUACUUCCAGGCACAUCUCUGUGGGGACCUUUGCUGUCAUGUCUGUCAUGGUAGGAAAUGUAGUAGACUCUCUGGUACCUGAGGUUAAUGGCAUCCCAAACAAUGUGACCGAUGACAAACCUGUCCAGAUCGCUUCCACACUCAGUGUGCUGGUCGGCCUCUUUCAGGUGGGGCUAGGCCUGGUCCACUUCGGUUUUGUGGUCACCUACCUGUCGGAGCCUCUGGUUCGCAGCUAUACCACGGCUGCCUCUGUGCACGUGUUCAUCUCCCAACUCAAGUAUGUGUUUGGCAUCGAAGUGACCAGUCGCUCAGGGCCACUCUCCCUCAUCUAUAUAGUGGUGGAGGUCUGCUGGAAACUUCCACAGUGUGUGGUCGGCACGUUGAUCACUGCAUUGGUGGCUGGAGUGGCGCUUGUGUUGGUGAAGCUGUUGAAUGAAAAAUGGCAGCGGUAUCUGCCCCUGCCCAUUCCUGGAGAGUUGCUCACGCUCAUCGGGGCUACAGGCAUCUCUUAUGGCAUAGACCUGAAGAACAAAUUUAAUGUGACUGUCGUGGGCACCAUUACUACAGGGCUGCUACCUCCAGUAGCCCCCAAACCUGAACAGUUUGCAAAGCUCGUGGGGAAUGCCUUUGCCAUCGCUGUGGUGGGAUUCGCCAUUGCCAUCUCGCUAGGGAAGAUCUUCGCCUUGAGACAUGGCUACCGUGUGGAUAGCAACCAGGAGCUGGUGGCUUUGGGCCUCAGUAACUUCAUUGGGGGCUUCUUCCAGUGUUUCCCCGUGAGUUGCUCUAUGUCUCGGAGUCUGGUCCAGGAGAGUACUGGAGGUAACACACAGGUUGCAGGGGCUGUAUCUUCCCUUUUCAUCCUCCUCAUCAUCCUCAAACUUGGAGCACUUUUCCAAGACCUGCCCAAGGCAGUUCUGGCAGCCAUCAUCAUUGUCAACCUAAAAGGCAUGCUGAAGCAGGCCUCUGACAUAUGUCACCUGUGGAAGACAAAUCGAAUGGACUUGCUCAUCUGGCUGGUGACCUUUGUGGCCACCAUCCUGCUGAAUCUGGACAUUGGCUUAGCGGUUGCAAUAGGCUUCUCUCUGCUGCUUGUGGUGGUCCGGACCCAGCUGCCUCACUACUCUAUCCUGGGGCAAGUUCCAGACACGGAUGUUUACAGAGACGUGACAGAGUACUCCGAGGCCAAGGAGGUCCCAGGUGUGAAGGUCUUCCGCUCCUCCGCCACCAUGUAUUUUGCCAAUGCUGAACUCUAUGGAGAUGCUCUGAAGGAGAGGUGUGGUGUGGAUGUAGACCAUCUCAUUUCCCAGAAGAAGAAGUUGCUGAAGAAGCAGGAACAGAAGUUAAAACGACAGCAGAAAGAGCAGAAGUCCCGGAAAAAGGCUUCCCCUUCCAAAGGCACCUCGGUUUCCAUCAAUGUUGACACCAGCCUUGGUGAUAUGAAGAACCAUGAUGUGGAAGGCUCCAGGGUCAAGGUGAGUGCAGGCGACGGAAUCCAAGAUGCCACAGCCAAUGAUCUAGAAGCUACCAAGCCCCCCAGUGUGCCCACACUGAAGACCCUGGGUCUGCCUCAGCCAGACUUCCAUACCCUGAUCCUGGACCUGGGCACCCUCUCCUUCGUGGACACUGUGUGCAUCAAGAACUUAAAGAAUAUUUUUCAUGACUUCCGGGAGAUCGAGGUGGAAGUGUACAUCGCAGGUUGCCACGGCCCUGUGAUAGCCCAGCUCGAGGCCGGGCAGUUCUUUGAUGCGUCCAUCACGAAACAGCAUGUCUUUGUUUCUGUCCACGAUGCUGUGACCUUUGCCCUUCAGCACUCCAGGCCUGACUCCAUCACUUCCGUUUUGGCCACGAAACUCUGACCAUGCUGCUACCCCAGCUUACCACUGCCUACCUCUGGAAAUUGUAACUGGCCAUUGGUGAAGAAAGUCUUCCUGCCUCUUGGCCAGGUCUAGGUGCCACCCAGAAGACUGCCCCCUCCACCCCCCCCCUCCAUGAACAAACUUGUCACAACUCAGGGACGGAGGUCGUGGAAUUCUGCAGUCUCUGCUACAGGCCCGGGACAGGGUGCUAUAUUCAAGCUGGUCUUGGCUCCAUGACAGGGAGGAAGCAGUGCCUAUGUUCAGCCCCAGGAAUAAAGAUUUGUAUGCUUCACUC